GUGAUGCAUGUCUCUACCCCACAUAGCAUGCGAAGCGGAACCGUUUAUAAAUAAGAACUGUAGUUCACAAAAGGACAUCUCAUAUCGGUAUACGGUAAAUUAUUAUCAUAUAAUUUUUAAUCAAUACAAGAACAUUUAUAGAGCAGAGCAUUUUGGUCUCUUCUAUCAUUUUUGUGUCGAUUUGUGUAGCUUCAAGUUUAUGUUUUAUAUUUUUGCUUCAAACGAUGGAGAACUUGAUUUUAGAAUGUAGCUGAGGGAUUUAGUUGUCAGCAAACAAACAAAGAAACCAAGAUUGACAUUGCUAAAUGAAGAUGUUCCCUGUAGCUGUAAUUUAUAGUGUAGUAUUGAUAAACUACUUAACCCUUGCUUUGGACAAUGGGUUAGCUAGGACUCCUCCGAUGGGUUGGAUGUCAUGGGAAAGAUUCCGAUGUUUUACCGAUUGUGAGGCUGAACCCGAUAACUGUAUAAGUGCAAAGCUGUUGAUGCAAAUGGCCGAUCAGAUGGUAGAUGGCGGUUAUCUCGACGCUGGUUAUGAGUACUUGGCGGUUGACGACUGCUGGAUGGCACACCAGAGAAAUACCAGUGACGGCAGAUUAAUGGCAGACCCUCAAAGAUUCCCUGGUGGUAUGAAACCUGUCAUAGACUACAUUCACUCCAAAGGUCUAAAGUUUGGUCUCUAUGGUGAUGUUGGUUCAAAGACUUGUCAAGGUUACCCUGGAAACGAGUUCUAUAUCCCUCUGGAUGCCGAGACUUAUGCUUCGUGGGGUGUUGACAUGUUAAAAAUAGAUUGUUGUUACGCAGCAGCUAGCGUUGAAGGUAUUGAAGUGAUGGGAUUUUUCCUGAACAAAACUGGUCGGCCAUUUUUGUAUGUUUGUUGUAGUUGUGCUAAUCCUCAAGGAACUUAUACUCCUGGUGCAAAUACAUGUAAUACUGUGAGAUCGUAUAUGGAUGUACAAGAUAGCUGGGAAAAUGUCUACCAAAUAAUUAGUUUCUAUGGUGAUAAGACAGAGGAGUUUAUUGAUGCAGCAGGACCGGGUCAUUGGCACGAUGCUGACAUGUUAGUUGUUGGAGACUAUGGUUUAAGUCUGAAUCAACAGAAGAUCCAGAUGGGCAUGUGGGCUCUGUUUGCGUCUCCUCUAUUUAUGUCUGUAGAUCUAAGGGAUAUUGAUGUCGAGUCAAAGAAAAUAUUAUUGAACAAAGAAGUAAUAGCCAUAAGCCAAGAUCCACGUGGUAUACAAGGAAGAAGAAUGUUUAAGUUUUCUGUCCGACAAGGUAAUGUGGAAGGUUGGUUAAGACCACUGUCUCCAAAGGGAAAGUAUGCUGUGGGAAUAUUGAAUUCUAACAACUUUGGAUGGUUACAAUACGUCAAUAAAACACUGAGCGAUUUUGGGCUUUCAAAUCAAAAGGGAUAUGACUUGACUGAAGUGUUUACAGGAAAGAAAUAUGGUCCACUAAAGCCUUCAGAUGAACUUAUCUUAAAAAUGGAACCAACUUCAUUGUUUUUGGCAGUGGCAGUUCCUCUGAGUUAAUACUGGAAGCAAUGUUUAUAUUGUUAAAAUUUGUUCUUGUGAGUUUCUUAGUUUAUGUAUAUA